AUGUGGGGAAAUAUUUUAGGUGUGCGAGUUCAACCUACGGACAUCAAUGCCGAUGAUUAUGCAAAGUCGUUAAAUAUUUGGGAGACCGAUAAUGCGAAGAUUAUUACGUGGAUCAAUAAUUCUGUUUCACACUCCAUUGAUACUCAAUUGACCAAGUACGAGACAACCAAAGAGGUUUGGGAUCAUCUAGCAAGAUUAUACACGCAGUCUAACUUUGCCAAACAAUAUCAAUUGGAAGCAAAUAUCCGCGCGCUUCAGCAACAAGAUAUGGGCAUCCAAGAUUUUUAUUCUGCCAUGUCAAAACUAUGGGAUCAGUUAGCGCUCACAAAAUCCUCAGAAUUGCGAGCAUUCCUGGCUUAUGUUACUCGUAGAGAAGAACAACGUCUGGUCCAGUUUUUGAUGGCUCUUCGCGAUGACUUUGAAGGAUUGCGUGGAACAAUUUUACAUCGUAGUCCUCUCCCUUCUGUUGAUUCAGUAGUACAUGAAUUGCUAGCUGAGGAGAUUCGCCUUAAGUCCCAGGUUGAUAAGAAGACUAUUGCAUCAUCUACGCCAUCUGUUUUUGCAACACCACAGCGGUAUAUGUCGCAUAAUCAAAGUAGGUCGACUUCGAAGGUUUCUAUUGAUGAGUGUGCUUAUUGCAAAGAAAAAGGAUAUUGGAAGUCUCAAUGUCCAUUACUAUUGAACAAAGGUAAACAACCGCAGCAGCAAAAACGAUCACCGCAACAACAAUAUCAGCAGCAAAGAUCUCAACAACCACCAUUGCAACAUCAGAAUGCUUCAUGGAAAUCUAGUAAUCAACCACAGUCUAGUAAUGCACCCUCUGCCAUGUCUGCUUCUUCUCAUAUAAGUUUGUCAUCCUCUAGUGCAUCAGUUAUGACGGAUGAUGGUACUCCGAUGCCAUUAUUAGGUGUUGGUUCUGUUGUUACAACUUGCUUAUGUUUUCCCAAUGUCUAUUUUAUUCCUAGUCUUACACUUAAUCUUGUUUCUGACCCGCAAUCUCAGAAGGUGAUUGGGAUAGGCCGUAGGCAAGAGGGACUCUAUGUUUUGGAUAAGCUUCAAGUACCAGAUGUUGCAGCUUCUAGUAUCGAUUUGUUAUCUUUCUGA